AUGUGGGCCGCGGCGGAGGCGCCGUUCGCGCGGUCGGGGUCGUGGCGGGAGGCCGAGGACGAGCAGGAGGCGCUGCGCUGGGCCGCCCUGCAGCGCCUCCCCACCGUCGCCCGCGCCAGGCGGGGCCUGCUCAGGUCGCCCGCCGUCGCGCCGGGAUCCGGGGACGCGGCCGUCGAGGGGGAUGACGUGCUCUGCGAGGUCGACGUCGCCGGCCUCUCCUCCGGCGACCGCACCGCGCUCGUCGACCGCCUCCUCGCCGACUCCGGCGACGCCGAGCAGUUCUUCCGCCGCAUACGCGCCCGCUUCGACGCUUUUGUUCUUCGUUUUUCUGGAUGCAGGGUGAGCAUAGAGUUCCCCAAGAUCGAAGUGAGGUACGAGGACCUCACGGUGGACGCGUACGUGCAUGUCGGCAGCAGGGCGCUGCCCACCAUCCCCAACUUCAUAUGCAACAUGACAGAGGCAUUUCUGAGGCAUCUGAGGAUCUACCGAGGGGGAAGAGUCAAGUUACCCAUAUUGGAUACCAUUAGCGGGAUCAUUCGGCCAUCAAGAAUGACACUGCUUUUGGGCCCUCCAAGUUCUGGAAAGACUACCUUGCUUCUAGCCCUUGCUGGACGACUCGGUCCUGGACUGAAGAUGUCUGGGAGUAUUACUUACAACGGCCACCAUCUAAAUGAAUUUGUGCCUCAACGAACAUCAGCGUAUGUAAGUCAGCAAGACUCUCAUGCUUCAGAGAUGACCGUCAGAGAAACCCUGGAAUUUGCUGGGCGAUGUCAGGGUGUUGGCAUAAAGUAUGAUAUGCUCGUUGAACUUUUGAGGAGAGAAAAGAAUGCUGGGAUAAAGCCUGAUGAGGACCUUGAUGUAUUCAUGAAGGCAUUGGCUCUUGAAGGUAGACAGACAAGUCUCGUGGCCGAGUAUAUAAUGAAGAUUUUAGGGCUGGACAACUGUGCUGACACCAUUGUCGGAGAUGAAAUGAUCAAAGGAAUCUCCGGGGGACAAAAGAAACGCCUGACAACAGGUGAACUGCUAGUUGGGUCGGCUCGUGUUCUAUUCAUGGAUGAGAUUUCGACUGGCCUUGAUAGUGCAACCACACAUCAGAUAAUCAAGUACCUAAGGCAUUCUACACAUGCAUUGGAUGGCACCACAAUCAUAUCCUUGCUGCAGCCUGCUCCAGAAACUUAUGAGCUAUUUGAUGAUGUCAUUCUUAUAUCUGAAGGUCAAAUUGUAUACCAGGGACCACGUGAAUAUGCUGUUGAUUUUUUUGCUGCAAUGGGAUUCAGGUGCCCUGAAAGAAAAAAUGUGGCUGAUUUUUUGCAAGAAGUGUUGUCCAAGAAAGAUCAACAGCAAUACUGGUGCCAAUAUGAUUAUCCAUACCAGUUUGUGUCCAUAUCAAAGUUUGCUGAAGCCUUCAAAACGUUUGUUGUUGGUAAGAGGUUGCACGAGGAAUUGGAUAGGCCAUACAAUAGAAAACACAAUCAUCCCGCCGCUCUUUCAACUUCAAGUUAUGGUGUCAAGAGGCUAGAGAUUCUGAAGUCCAACUUCCAGUGGCAACGUCUGCUGAUGAACAGAAAUUCAUUCAUCUAUGUCUUCAAAUUCAUUCAGCUUCUACUUGUGGCCCUUAUCACAAUGACAGUGUUUUUUCGAACAACAAUGCACCAUGAUUCAGUUGAUGAUGGGAUUAUUUAUCUUGGAGCCCUCUAUUUUGCAAUUGUGAUGAUUCUGUUCAACGGGUUUACUGAAGUCUCAAUGUUGGUGACGAAACUUCCUGUUCUUUACAAGCACAGAGACUUGCACUUCUACCCACCAUGGGCUUAUACACUUCCUUCUUGGCUCCUGAGCAUUCCAACCUCACUUAUUGAAUCAGGAAUGUGGACACUUGUAACAUAUUACGUCGUUGGUUAUGAUCCCCAAUUCACAAGAUUUCUGGGACAAUUUUUGUUGCUUUUCUUUCUGCACCAGACAUCUUUGGCUCUUUUCCGAGUCAUGGCAUCUUUGGGGCGAAAUAUGAUAGUUGCUAAUACCUUUGGAUCGUUUGCUUUGUUGGUUGUUAUGAUUCUUGGAGGAUUCAUUAUAACCAAAGAAAGCAUACCAGCCUGGUGGAUUUGGGGUUAUUGGGUAUCUCCUAUGAUGUAUGCACAAAAUGCUAUAUCAGUAAAUGAAUUCCAUGGACAUUCUUGGAGCAAGCCAUUUGCAGACACAAACAUCACCUUAGGUGAAGCUGUACUCACUGGAUAUGGAUUAUUCAAGGAAAAAUAUUGGUUUUGGAUUGGAGUUGGAGCAUUGUUGGGUUACACGGUUGUUUUGAAUGCCUUAUUUACGUUGUUCCUGACAAUUCUCAACCCAAUCGGGAAUAUACAAGCUGUUGUGUCCAAGGAUGCAAUUCGACACAGGGAUUCCAGGAGGAAGAGUGAUAGAGUAGCCCUAGAGCUGAGAUCUUACUUGCACUCAACUUCACUAAAUGGUCUUAAGCUGAAAGAACAGAAGGGCAUGGUGUUACCCUUUCAACCCCUUUCGAUGUGCUUUAAGAAUAUCAACUAUUAUGUUGAUGUACCAGAGGAAUUGAAAAAACAAGGUAUUGCAGAAGACCGCCUGCAGUUGCUUGUUGAUGUCACUGGAGCAUUUAGACCAGGGGUACUAACAGCUCUUGUUGGAGUUAGUGGUGCUGGUAAAACAACUCUCAUGGAUGUUUUAGCUGGCCGGAAGACUGGAGGACUCAUAGAAGGCAGCAUCACUAUAUCUGGGUAUCCUAAGAACCAAGAGACCUUUACUAGGAUAUCUGGUUAUUGUGAACAAAAUGAUGUCCAUUCACCCUGCUUGACUGUGAUUGAGUCUUUGUUAUAUUCGGCAUGCCUCCGGUUGCCUUCUCAUGUCAAUGAUGACACUCAGAGAGCUUUUGUGGAAGAGGUGAUGGAACUUGUUGAGCUGAAUCCAUUAAGUGGUGCUCUUGUUGGCUUACCAGGAGUUAACGGUUUGUCUACUGAACAACGUAAAAGGUUGACGAUAGCUGUGGAGCUUGUGGCAAAUCCUUCUAUUGUGUUCAUGGACGAACCCACAUCAGGAUUGGAUGCUAGGUCUGCGGCCAUUGUUAUGAGAACUGUACGAAAUAUUGUUAAUACAGGACGGACAAUCGUGUGCACCAUCCAUCAGCCAAGUAUUGACAUAUUUGAGUCCUUUGAUGAGCUUUUGUUUAUGAAGCGUGGAGGUCAACUCAUAUAUGCUGGUUCCUUGGGUUCCAAAUCACGCAAUCUGGUUGAGUUUUUUGAGGCAAUUCCAGGAGUGCCUAAAAUCAGGGAUGGCUAUAAUCCUGCUGCAUGGAUGUUGGAGGUCACAAGUACUCAAAUGGAACAAAUUCUUGGAGUGGAUUUUGCUGAAUACUAUCGACAGUCGAAAUUAUUUCUGCAGACCAAAGAAAUCGUUGAGACCCUGGGCAAACCGACCAGUGAAUCGAAAGAGCUUACUUUCUCCACCAAGUAUGCGCAGCCAUUCUGUGCUCAGUUUCUUGCUUGCUUAUGGAAGCAAAACCUAUCAUACUGGAGGAAUCCUCAAUACACUGCAGUUAGAUUCUUCUACACUGUCAUCAUUUCCUUGAUGUUUGGGACGAUUUGCUGGAAAUUUGGCUCUAGAAGGGAGACCCAACAUGAUAUAUUCAAUGCCAUGGGUGCCAUGUAUGCGGCAGUUCUGUUCAUAGGGAUUACUAACGCCACUUCUGUUCAACCUGUGAUUUCCAUCGAAAGAUUUGUAUCAUACAGGGAGCGAGCUGCUGGAAUGUAUUCAGCAUUGCCUUUCGCAUUCUCUCUGGUUACUGUGGAGUUCCCUUAUAUUCUUAUGCAGUCGCUUGUCUAUGGCACAAUCUUCUACAGUCUGGGCUCAUUUGAGUGGACAACAGUGAAGUUCUUGUGGUUUCUGUUCUUCAUGUACUUCACCCUGUUGUACUUCACCUUCUAUGGCAUGAUGACAACGGCGAUUACUCCGAACCAUAUGGUUGCGCCUAUUAUUGCUGCCCCAUUCUACACGUUGUGGAAUCUCUUCUGUGGAUUCAUGAUUCCAAGAAAGCUAAUCCCUGUGUGGUGGAGGUGGUACUACUGGGCCAACCCGGUGUCAUGGACGCUGUACGGGCUCCUGACCUCCCAGUUCGGCGACCUGGAGCAGCCCCUGCUGCUGGCCGACGGCAUCAGGUCCACCACCGUGGCGGCGUUCCUGGAGGAGCACUUCGGGUUCCGGCACGACUUCCUGGGCGUGGUGGCCACCAUGGUGGUCGGCUUCUGCGUGCUCUUCGCCGUCGUCUUCGCGCUCGCCAUCAAGUGCCUCAACUUCCAGCGCAGAUGAUCCGAGCAUGAGCAGCAGCAAUGUACCUAGCUAGAUCGUCAAAUUCAGCUUACGCAGUGCGUGUACUACGAUUAAGAGAGACCUGGAUCGCUCGUAAAUAAUUUGAUGUCACGAGGAGGGCCGGA